AUGUUUAAUAGUGAUAAAUAUCAUCCUCAUCCUACUAGUACUAGUAGCUGUAAAACUCCAGUUUUAAAUAUGCAAAAAAAAUAUAAAACCCUCAAAAAAGAACCUCCAAAUGGAUUUACAUCUGUUCAACAAAAUGGUAAUACAGCAUUACCAGUUUCUUAUUGGGGAAAAUUUAAAAUAGUUAAUUUAUUUUUAGAAAUAUAUAUUUUUAUUAAUUAA